CACAUAACUUUCUCACAUAACUCUCUCUCUCUUUUUCUCUCUCAACAAAAACAAAACAUUGUUCUUUCAAUUCUCAAAAUGGAUCGUAACAAUAUCUUCACUCUCGCAUUCAUCUGCAUUAUAGUCGCCGGCGUCGGAGGCCAGUCACCUUCAGCCGCACCAACCACCUCACCAUCAACUCCGGCCACCACCACUCCAGUCUCAUCUCCUGUCGCCACUCCUUCCAAACCAACAACACCAGCACCCAUUGCAACUCCAGCUGCAUCCCCCAAACCCGCCGUAACACCAGCCGCAUCUCCUUCCAAAACCACCACACCAGCUCCUGUGACCACACCACCACCGGCGGCGGUGACACCUGUCAGCACUCCACCACCAACACCUGUUCCAGUAAAAUCACCACCCACUCCUGCUCCAGUCAGCUCACCUCCGGCAGUGGCACCUGUGGUGGCGCCUCCUACCACCACACCGGAGGCUCCAGCUCCGGCACCAAAGAAGGGAAAGAAACACAGUGCUCCAGCACCAUCACCAACAUUGGAGGGUCCACCUGCACCACCAACAGGAGCACCAGGACCAAGUGAAUCUACUGCGUCUUCACCUGGACCCGCAUCUACUGCAAACGAUGAGAGUGGAGCAGAAACCAUCAGGAGCUUGAAGCUGGUAGGAGGCUUAGCUUUGAGCUGGAUUGCGACUGUUUUAAUCUUCUAGAUUUAAUUUCUUGCUCUUGAUUCUUAUACUCUUGUAUAAUUUAUUUCCACCCUUUUUUUGCUCUUCUUUUUUUGGCCAUGGUAUGGACACGUAUUGCAUUACAUUACAUUUAUUUACAUUUAUUACCUUCAGACUCCUAUUUUUCUAUUAAUAUUUAAUGUCAUUUUCAUAAUUCUUUUUUGGUGAA